AUGAGAGAGAAAAAUGAGCGAGAGAAAAGAAUGAUCGAGAAGCUUAAAACUCCGUUUGAGGAUCUCCCAAAUCCUAAAACACUAAACAACUGGACCGAGGAUCUCUCAUAUCUACCAGUAAUAACUGUUAAUGAAAUUAAGGACUAUUUAGUGUAUGGAAAAUGCAAAUUCUACGCAAAAGAAGACAUGAAGUGUUUUAAACAGUUAAAAGCUUUCAAAUUUUUCAUGGAUGGCCAUGUACAAGAUAUUAAGCUUAGUAUUAUUGACGCAACUAGUAAUUAUUGCUUCGUAAAAGCAAAGAUUUUACCAUCAAUGCGCACAAACCGUGUUUAUGAGACCUGGAUUUCCGUCGUUAAAGAAACUGCUAAAGUCUUAUCUGCAGUUUGUAACUGCACAGCAGGGUAAGCAACAUGCAUCUGUUUGCGUUCUUGUUAUAUAUAUUUUAACGAUAUUCUAAAUUAUAAAUAAGAUAUUAAGCAAGCAAACAAACAAACAAUAGUUGGAUGUAUAAUAUUCUUGGUUGACAUGUAGUUUUCUUAAUUAAUUUUGCUUCCGUUUGUAGGUUAGGUGAAGCAUGCAAUCAUAUUGCAGCAUUACUGUUUGCUGUUGAGGAUUAUGCCAAGACCUAUAAUCAACCCUCCUCCAGUAGCACUUCGUGUACAUCAAAGCCGUAUGAAUGGAACAAACCACGUAGCAGAAAACUCAGUCCCAAGGAAAUAA